AUGAGUGAAUUUAAUAAUAUUACUGGUCCUCGAGUACGUAAACGAAAAGGAAGCAGUAAAGUAAUUACAAGGAGCAACAAAAGAAGAGCUUCAACAAUUGAAGUGAACGUUAAACAAGAACCCAUCUCCGUUUCACCUGUAUUAUCACCAAAAGAAUUACCUAAAUCAAUUGUCACAGAAAUUCCCUCACCUCAAGAUACAGUACCCAAUGAUGAUAAACCUAAUCAACAAACAAGAUCAAUCUUGAAAAUGCAAAUUAAUCAUUCAUUUCCAAAGAAUUUUACAAGUGUCCCCAACGAAAUAUUUGCUCAAAUUUGUGCUCAUUUACCUCCAAGUGAUUUAUUGUCAUUGACAUUGGUGUGUAGAAAAUUAAAUGAACUACUCUGCAGUCCUCAUUCUCAAGAAACUCAGGCGAUUUGGAGAACUUCAAGAAUGAGAUUCUUGAGAUUUCUUCAAUUGCAGCCCCCACCCGAAUUGGAUGAAAAGAGUUAUUUCAUUUUGAGGCAACUGGAAAAUGGUUGUCAAUUUUGCCAUGUUCAAGGAAUUGGUUUCAUUAGAGUUUAUUGGGAAUUUCGCGUACGUUGCUGUGAAGCAUGUCUUGAUAAAAACACGAUGAGACGUGACACGCUUUAUAUUGAUUUACGUGUCCCAGAUGAAAUUCUUCGAACCCUUCCACGUAUUUUUCGUGGUGCGUCUCAUGUAUAUUGGAUGAGGGAUGUUGAUCGGGCGAUAAGAGAACAUAAUAAUCUUAGAAAGGAAGAGAUACCAUAUUGGGUUGAACAUAAAGAAAGAAUCGCCUAUAGGAUCAUGCAACAGGCGGAGACUUAUGAGCGGGAAGAAAACGAUGAAAAAUUAUCAAAGAUUGAAGGACGUUUUGCUAUGCAAUCACCAAAUGAUAUGCCACAACAACUACAUCAAAUGCAACAACUUUCAAUACCACAACGGCAAAUCUUUAUAAGACAACCACAAUUAAUAAAUACUCCCAUAAGUAAUUUCGUUGCAACGAUUCCAAAUCAGAUUACACAUCCGAUUACACAUCCAAUUUCACAUCCAUUAUCACAUCAAAUUCCACAAAUUAGUUUCGCACACCCUCAUCAAUUGUGCCGAUCAAAAAUAAUCCUCCCGUCGCAAUAUGUGAAAUCACAAUUCUUAUAUUCUCACUUUCCUCAACCGCGACAAAUAUUUUCACAACAAAUGAUCCCAGCUCACAUGAUGCCAGGUGUUCCUCAACAAAUUUUAGCCCCCCAACCUCAACCUCAAUUUCCUCAAUUGCUUACUCCUCAAAUGAUGUCCUCCCAUUACGAAAAGUAUAGACAAUUUUAA